UCUCCACGACACGACCGGUUAUAAGCUCCCCUCCAGCCGAACGCUGAGGAAGGCACCGCCGUCCCCAGACGAGCUGUUUUUCCUCUCAUGUACUCGCUCAGGUUGUCGGCAAGCGGCGGCACGGCACUCGGCUUCGCGCUCGGUCGGUUUGGCAGCAAAGGAAGCGGCGCGGCGCCUGCGGUACACGUAGGGAGGAGGAGGAGCAUCUCUGAGACGCCACACGCCGCCGCGCCGGUUCCGGGCGACCAGGGCGUCGGCAUGGACCCGGCCAAGCAGCAGCAGCCGCCCCGCCACGACAACAAGCCGGCCGGGGAGCGGGACAAGGGCGACAAAAACGCCCGCGACGACACGCACAAGACCCUCGGGGACGUGAUGUCCCACUCGUUCGGGGAAGGGUACUCGACGAGGUCGGACGAGGAAGGGUUCGGAGGCGUCUACGGAGGGAACGACCCCGUGUUCAACCCCGGGACCGAAGCGCAUCCAAGCCACCCUGAUUAUGACACGUCGCAGGGGUCGGAGGUGAAGGAGAAGGAGAAGGCGCGCCAUCUCAAGGACGACAAGCAUGCGACUUAGCUUAGCUUAGCUAGCUAUCCAGACGGACGGGCAUGAAUAAUUAGGAGGCUUUACCGUAGCAGCUCUCUGUUUUUUCUAGCUUGUUCAGUCACCAUGGUGUUGGUUGUCUUCGGUUUCGAACGGCAUGCUACUACCGAAAGUUUGCCGAGAUGUGAAAUUAGCAAGCUUUUUUUAAGGAGCUUUAGCUGUGCGUGAUAUGCGGAGAAACUCAUUACGGUAUGAACUUUCUUCACAAGUACUAACACUUGGCCGACUGUUAAUUUUUUUUUCUUUUUUGGUGCCGAUAAUCAAAACUUCCUCGUGACUUGUCAA